CAUCAAUCAAGCUCAAACCAACGCUCCAUCGCAAAGUCUCUAAAACACAACCGCAACCAAACACAAAAUGACGGAAGAAUCCUCCUCGUCGCCGUCCACGACUGCAGCGACACCAACACCGGCAGGAGCAACUCCUGCGACGACGUGGGAGUUGCCCGCUGGAAUCGAGGACGACAUCGAACAAGGUGCGUGCGUUUUUUCGAGUCCACCAGAACGAGCUGUUUGGAUUGUUCAUAGUCCUUUGUGUACCGCGUUUCAAUGCACAAAGCGAGAGGAGAAAGCGGCACGGCACGACAGGAGGAACGAGAUUGCUUUUCGCACCGUUCUUAUCGCUUCGUACACCACAGGAAUGGAUUUAUUCAUUCCUACUUGGACGAAACCAACGAACCAACCCGCUUACACAACACCGCAUUCUUUUAUUUCUUCUCUCUUUGGUCGCUUUGUGGCAUUCUGAAACCAAACGUUCUGCUUGUUGCAAUCACGGAACAAAUAUGGCCGGUAUGCUUGCUGUACACUACAACCGUAUUCCGGUUUGUUUCGUUCGCGUGUGGACUUUCCAUUUGCAAUUUUUGUGCGGACAACCAAUCCACGAAACAAAACAUGCAUUCCAACGAAAAAACACGCCAACCGCAUCCUCGGUGCCGUCUUCGUUCCGUCGCGCACCGCGACGCUUCCACGUCCGAUCGACCAAAAUGCCACCACGAAUGACACCACGCGCUGUUUGUUGUGUUAGCCCUCAUCAAGACGGCGGCCGGUGCCCUGGCCGGUGGCCUGCUGGGUCUGGUGUUCCUGAGGAGCGGAAAGGGCCGCAGGUCCGCGGCGAUAGCGACCGGGAUCGGGRCCGGCCUCGGAUCGACCUACGAGCGGGUCAAGUUUCGGUACGCCGACGCCACCGCCCAGAAGGAGUAAACAAACAACCGCCGAGUCGAGCCAGCAAACAGCAGGAACCCCUUGGUCCCGCCCGCGAAGCCGACAGGGAGAAACGGAGGAAUGCCAAACGAAACCGCCCGGCGCAACACCGAAGGCAACGAAAACGGGGGCUCGGGCAAUGAAACGGGAACGAAGAAAGCGCUUGGCACGCCAGCGCUUGAUAAUGCAAUAUAACACAGUGCAACGC